UGGUGGCCUCUUACCUUUCCUUUCCGGCCACCCUGAUUCUUCCAUCAGAAUCAAUUUUGGUGUGCCCAUUCAGCGCCUUAAUGAUUGGCCUCUGACUCCGCCUCUGAAAAUCCUAUAUACUCUACAACAAUGGUUCUUCAAUUUUUUCUCAUUUUAUUCUUUUACAGCUAGAAGCCCUAGCUUCCCCUGCCGGCCUUUAUAUUGCUUCUGAAUCCAGAUGGAGCAACAGGAGGAUUCCAUGUCUGAAAUAAAGCAGUUGUUAGGAGCUAAAUGCAAUGGCAACUGUAAUCGAGCUCAUUUUUCUUGCAAUCCUAUUUGCUCAUUCUCAGAGCACGAGCAUAGUCUGUUGGAUUCUAGACAAAGGUCAAAGUCGAGUAUGAAACUCUGUGGGCUCAUAAUCUUUUAUGUAAUGGUCAUGGCAGUGGAAACCAUCGGAGGGGUGAAAUCCCACAGCCUCGCGGUUCUAACUGAUGCAGCUCACUUGCUUAGUGAUGUUGUUGGAUUUUCUAUUUCUCUUUUUGCUGUUUGGGUGUCUGGCUGGGAUGCAACCAAAGAACACUCUUUUGGAUACCACCGACUUGAAGUUUUAGGAGCCCUUAUUUCUGUACAGCUGAUAUGGCUAAUCUCUGGUUUUUUGAUUUAUGAAGCAACUGAGAGAAUGUUUCAUACUAAUGCCAAAGUGAAUGGGAAGCUUAUGUUUGCUAUUGCUGCAUUUGGUCUCAUAAUAAACUUCAUUUCAGUUGUGUGGCUUGGGCAUGAUCAUUCUCUCCAUAGCCAUUCAUUUAGUCCUUGCAAGGAUCAUGAUCACGAUCACGGUCAUGAUCACGGUCACAGUCACGAUCACGAUCACGAUCAUGAAAUGCAAGAAUUUCAUCCAAGAAAUGAAGAAGAGAGCUCCAAACUGGUAGCAGCAUCCCAUAGUUGCAGCAAACCAUCAAACAUAAAUAUUGAAGGGGCUUACCUGCAUGUUAUAUCUGAUUUGAUACAAUCUGUUGGUGUGAUGAUUGCUGGAGCUAUUAUGUGGUACAAACCAGAAUGGUUGGUAGUUGAUCUUCUCUGUACUAUUUUUUUCUCAAUCUUUGCUCUUAGUACUACUGUACCCAUGCUUAGGACUAUCUUCUCCUUAUUGAUGGAGAGGACACCAAAGGAUGUUGAUAUUAUUCAACUCGAGAAUGGCCUAAAAUCUUUAGCAGGAGUAAAAGAUGUUCAUGACCUGCAUGUUUGGGCCAUCACUAUAGGGAAAAUUGUUUUGUCCUGUCACGUUGUAACUGAGCCAGGAGUUGACCAAUAUGAAAUUAUUCAGAAUGUUAGGGAAUAUUGUGACACGACAUACAGAAUUCGUCAUGUAACCAUUCAAGUUGAACCAGGUUCAUUGUAGAUUGUAUAUAUU